UUUUGCCUUUGUGACCAUAAAAGGGUUUGAGAACUUGCAUGACAGCCCAAAAAGGUGUGAAUAUUCAUUGAUAAUAACGUGGCAUUCCUAUGAACACAUAGAAACAUAUAAUUAAACUUGCUAAGAUUUUCAUUUCACUAUUAUUUUCAACAUCAAGUGGGAUAUUAAUUUCUGAGCUGAGGAUAACUUAGAUAAUAACCGGGUUUAGACCGGUUCAGCUAACCGAUUCCUUGCUUUCUAUAAAUCUGACGCACCAUCUUUCUUCUCUCAUACCACAAUUACUAAUUACCCAAUCUCAAAUCUUGAACCUCAAGAAACAACAAUGUCGGAGAUGGCUAGAGAUUCUUCAACAUCAGAAGAGAAAACACAUAAACCAAACUGCGAGAGAAAUGUCUCCGGCGAACUUGACGUCUUCGAAGCCACUCGAUAUUUCUCCGACUUCAACGAACCAACGAUGAUCCAAAUUCAUAAACAAAGCAUCGUUACAGAAAAUCGACAGAAGAGAGUACACCCUGAGACAGAGGAACAACUCCCGAAACCUAGAGUCGUCGUCAUAAAGCCGCAGAAGAAGGAGAUGACACGUGGCGGUGGUAAGAAGCUGACAAGUUUCUUGAACUCUCUUCUUCGCUCAGCUGGUCUAAAGAAGUCAAAGUCAACUACGGAGGUGGAGACUCCACGAGGAGAAAGGAUGAGGAGGAAGAGCUGCGUGGUAACCACACACGUUGAAGCGUCUUCUCCAAUUUCCUGUGCCGGCGCGUGGAGUUUAAACGCGCGUAGGAGAAGCUUUGAUGAGAAAGACGUGAAAGAUUUGAAGAAGAGUGAUCAGAAGCUGAACAUAAGGUUUUGUGAGAGUCUCUAUUCGGUCCAAAGGGUUGAGUGUAAAAAUCCAAGUGCGGGAGAUGAGAAUGAUGUAAAUGGUGGAUGCGAGAGUGAUUCAAGUUCUGAAUCUGAUCUUUUUGAGUUGGAUUUGUUUGCUAAAACAAACCCCUAAUGAAGAACGGUCCGGAAAAUAAUCCUCUAAUGUAAACUCAGUCUUAGUUAUUAUUAUUAAGCGAGGUUGCACCACUUAUUCUAAAUGUUACUCGAUAGAAAUUUUUUGAAACGGUACACUCUCGGCUACUUUUAUUUUCCACCUUUUACAAAGUUAUAUUCGUCAAUUCAUAUGUUUUAGGGUGAAUUUGUGUGGUGGCAGCACUCUUUGGAUAUUUUAUAAUGAAACUAGCAGAAUUUAGUCAA